UCGAUGAUCCGUCCAGCAGUCAGCACCACACAUGGCCUUUGUCACUCUCACGUCUUGCCAGUCCCUCUUUCUGGUGAUGACAUAGUCAAUCAGAUGCCAGUGCCUGGAGUGUGGAUGCAUCCAAGAUGUCUUGUUACGGGUAGGGAGGCGGCAUAGGGUGUUGGUGAUGACAAGGUCAUGCGUAGUGCGUGUCUUGAGGAGCAGCAGGCCAUUGCUGUUACACUUGCCUUGUUACAAUACCAUGUCUUCCAAGAUUCCCUUCCCAGGUCUGGUAAUCUGUCCCCACUCUGGCGUUAAAGUCCCCGAAGACAAUAAGCUUCUCUGACUGAGGGACUGCUGCUAUGAGGGUGUCAAGUUCCUCAUAGAACUUAUCUUUGAUGACAUCUGGGUUGGUCAUUGUUGGGGCAUAUGCACUGAUCACCGUUGCACUCCUCUUAUUGCCAAGUGGGAGCCGAAGCGUCAUCGGGCGAUCGUUGAUGCCCUCUGGAAGCUUGGCAAGUUUACGAGCGAGGUGGGAUCGGAUGGCAAAUCCAACGCCAACCCCUCAUCGUUCAGUGCUGCUGCAACUGCCCAAGAAGAAGGUGUACCCACCACCACAUUCUGUAAGCUGGCCCUUGUCUGCUAGGCGUGUUUCGCUGAGUGCUGCAAUGUCCACGUUAUAGUGGGCUAGUUCUUUGGCGACCAGUGCUGUUCUUCUUUCUGGUCUGACAGCCUUGGUGAUGUCAAGCAGAGUUUGCACGUUCCACGUGCCAAGGUUGAGCACCUUCACUUUCGUCUUCUUUGUAGUUCGACCGCUGAGUGGGAUCCCCACCAGCUGCUGUGUGCUGGCCAGGGUAAGAUGAAGCAGGCUAUGUUUGAGGCACCUUUUCUAGCCCCUUCCUCCAUGGAGGUGAGCAGAGCGAUUCCUAAAGACACCCAGGGGGCUGCCGAGCUCCACUGCUGCUUCAUUCCAGCGGAGAAUGACCCAAUGCCCUGGGCCGCCUGUGUGCAGGUUUGUGACUACAGCUUCCAGUGUAUCCACACCUGCUGCUUCGCCACUCGCCCAUCGCCACAGGACUUGAAGUUUUUUAGUGGAAUGGGUUUGGAGUCGUGACUUGCGCUUGAAUUAAAGUGAGGGAGAGUUAGACAAAUCGUCAGCCUCACUCUAUCGUCCCGACCUAUCUGUAUCCAGUUGCAAGACGGAGUUGAGACGGCUGGAGAUAAGUCGGGAUGCAGUGGAUGGCCAGCAGUGUCCUAUGUGUCUCACUGUGCCCUGAUUGCGUUCCACAAUGCUUUGCUGGGUCUGCCUUUCUACUCAUUGGACCGCCAAGUGGUGGUCUCCCCCGCGUAGUCUGCCGAAUCCAGUCUUCGCAUGCAUAGGUAGACAAGCCCUAACUCACCGAGGGUUUGAGGCCCAUCGGCUACUCUCACCAGGUUUUGCCGGCCAGUUGAAGCUGUUGCCUGGGUUGUGGCCGCUGUUACAUGCAAACAGCUAUGAGGAACCACUGGUGAGAGCUGAGUGUCAGGUGAGGACCAAUGCGGACAAACUACUCAGAAGAGUAUGACGUGUUCCCCAUCAGAGGUACUACCUCUCCCUGACACCCCAUACACCCCAUAUGUGGGAGGGAGGCCCUACCAUACAUUCUCCAUAAUUGCACUUACAUGUUGGGCCCAGGACAUGUCCCCUGAAAUGGUAACACCAAGGAAUUUAAAGUUACUGAUCCUCUCCACCUCUGAUUACCUGAUGUGGACUGGCUCAUGGAAGUCCAGUUCCCUCCCCCUGUUACUUUGAUCUUUGAAACAAGUCAGGCAGCAUCUGAUUAGUGAGAAACCAAGUUUAGGUUUCAGGUUGUUGAUCUUUCAUCAGGAUUUGAGAAAAAUUUGAGGUAAUACAAGUUUUACAUGUAGCAGAAGAGGGGAAGAGAGAGAGAGAAAGCUAAAUGGGAAGGCCUGUGAUAGAGCAGACAGAUUUAACAUGAGCUACGUGAAUAUUGGAGAAGGACACGUAAGGGAACAACAGACAAAUCCACAGUGUAGUUAUCUGAAAGGCUGAGAUGUAUUUAAAUGACAGGAGACUCAAAAUUCAGAGUCACUUUUCCAGUGUGAACAGAAAUGCUCAGCAAAGCAGAGCUAAUUUCAGUUGGCUUGCCCACUGAAAGACGUGCAGGUAAAUUGCUUUUUCAUGCAGAAGGAAUACUUAGGACACUGAACAGUGGGAGGGAGAAUGUGAAAGGUCAAGUGUUACAGUUCCUGUGGAUUCAUUGGAAAAUGCCGUGGGAGAAAGCAUGAAGUUUCAUGCUUUCAUAUUUGUGAAGUUGGAAGAAUGAACUGUGGUGGAAAACUAUUUGGAAUGCUGAAUGCAAAAAUAAGAUUUAUUGAAGGUAUUCAAAUUAUAUUGAAGAACAUGUUGAAUUUGAAGGUUGUUUGGAAGGGAAGUGAUGGGACAGAGGCUUAGUGAGAGAAAUGUAUCAAACCAUUAAGAUGGGCAAAAAGACAUGGAAGGCUGGAACUACGGCUUGUGCAGUGAAACAAAUGAACUUGAAGUGAGUUAGUUGGAUCUUGUAUUAUGAUCAUGCACCAUGAUGAUUAACAACAGACAAAAGGUGUAAAGAAUGAGAUACGUUAACUUCUCGUUGUUCACUCGGAUGGGUGUACCUCGCAUUAGGUCAUUCUAAUGAGCUUUUUGAUUGCUGGUGGAGGUUCUGCAUUCUUGACACAAUACAAUGCUUUUAAGGAAGGCACUCUUAGGUAGAAAGUUCCAGAGUAUUGAUGCAGCCACAUGGAAGAAGUAAAAGUAUAUUGCCUAGUUAGGAUGGUAUUUUAGCUGGAAUCCAUUGUGUAUGGUGUUAUACCCUUAUGAUUGUUGUCUUUUCCUUGAACUCUCAUGAGACUCUGCUGAUACUGAAAAUCUUAAUCAAUGCAUAUCAAAAGCUGGAGGAACUCAGCAAGUCAGACAGUAUCUAUGGAGGGGAAUAAAAGAUGGUAGAAUUUGCUUGUCUUGUAGGCAAUGCUUAAGACAAUAGAGUAUUGGUGGAUGGUACAUCGUACAUCCACAAUAGUUGCUGGUGGAAGGUUCGGAAUAAGGAGUUGAUAAUCAAGUGAGUUGCAAUGUCUUGGAUUGUGCCAAGCUUGUGUGUUUGUGGAGGUGGACUUGCAGAGGCAUGUAGAGAAUCCCAUUACACUUUAAAGACAUUGGAAAGGUUUCACGGAUCUGGAGAUGAAUCCCAACUUCUACUGUCCUUUACAACCACGGUAUUUGUGUUCUAGCCUCAGCUGGUUUAUGGACAAUGGUAACUCUGAAUCUAACAGGAAGGGGAAUCUGAGGGUGAUAAGUAUGAAUGAUAUCUGGGGAGAGUGGUUGGAAUUUGUCUUGUUCACGGUGCUCAUUGGCUGCAUUUGUCUGGUGUGAAUGUUCAUUUGCCGGUAAUCAGCCCAUGCCUGAGUACUCUCGUGACUGCUGCACGCAGGCAUAUACUAUAGUCUGUUUGUAUGAACCUUGUUGAUGUAAUUGAGGCUCCUUGUGCAAAUAAGUUGCUUUCAGUGUGACCAGAGAUGGCCCAAGUCAGAGCCACCUUGCCGCUGUUGCUUCAUCUUCUCCUCCUCCUCCUCGUGCCAAGUCUGCAUAUUCAAGAGCUGUGUCCCAAGUAGCAUUUUGUCACAACUAAUUAGCUUCUCACUAGAGUAUAUUGUGGUCAGUCACCUCCAGGUCAGUCUUGACAUCUGAAUUAUUGUUUCAACAUCUCUGUUUUGGUUUCUGCCGUAUAUCUUGAGGCUGCAUGGCUCCCAACUGCUACAAUGUAAACAGGUUGUAGCCUUCCAUUGAUCAUGAGCAUUUUUUGGUGACAGCACACUCUCUGCUUUUCUUUAGGUGCUGUGUAGCAUCAUUCACCUGAGCAACCUGACAGCUUGUAUUAACAUUUUUGAAAGGUGGUGCCUUUAAAAGCACACACUUCCCUCAGUACUGUACUUAUGUGUCAGCCUAAAUUAUGAGCUCAAGUCUACAGAGACAUUUGAACAAAUAAUUUUCUGUCUUAGUGGCAAGAGUGCUGCUGCAGUGCCAAGGUUACUUUUAAUAAAAUGUCAUUCCUGAGGAAUUUUAGAAGUUAUGUGCUAUUUCAGUCAAGUUUACCUCAAACAGCCUUUGGCUCGAGACUAGAUGUGAGAGGGAUGUUAUGCUCGGCAUUUCUCCAUUAUUCCUGAUCACUUUCUAUGAUGUCUAUUUUUUCCAGAAUCAGUUUUAGAACCAGUAUAAUUUUUUAUUGCCUUUCCUACAUGGACAUUUAAAGAAAAUUUGUUCUUGUGAUAUUGGCAAUGCACUAACAUGACCAUAGUAAUUCGCUCACCUCUGAAUAUGCUAUCAUUACAGCUGAAUGUGGAAUUGCUGCAAAGGUGACAUCCAAUAAUCAAACUAUCAAUAUUGUGAGUGCAGAAUGAGCUGCCUACAGAAGUGGUGAAUAUGAGUUCAAUUGCAUUAUUCAAGCCAAGUUUGGAAGUACAUGGACAGGUGGAGUAUGGAGGGCUAUAGUGCAGGUGUGAGUCGAUGGGACUAGGUAGAUUUCGGAAUUGAGUGGAUAGGCUGUGGUGUUCUGUGGCUCUAUUACAGUUAAUUCAAUUGCUAUUGUAUCAUUUCAUUGGUAAUAGUGAAGCAUGGAAAUGCUGUUCCACCAUUCCAUUGGCAAUACUGAACUGUGGAGCUAAACUCAGUAAAGUGACUGGAAAUAUUCUCUUUCCCUAAUUUGUAUUACUGUAAGAUUAAUUACGAUACUAUUAAAUGUGAGAGCUCAUUGAUUGAUUAACUUACUGGCUACCAAGCUGAGCACUGUGACUUUUGCAAACAAAAAUGGUAACUGAUUCCAUCUUUGAAAGGAAGUCUAACAAUUCUUGUUAGAUUGUUUUCUGAUGUGUUUUAAUGCAUACAAUAAGCUGUUAGAAGCAGAAUUAGUACUGAAAUUGAUGUCCACCAAACCAGUUCAUGAAAUUAAAAGAUCUGCCAUUUUUUCCCUAUUGUUGACCCCGGGUAUGGGAGGUCCAAGUAUGUACUGCAUUUAUUUCUUUGCACAUUGUCCAUUUAUAUUUCCUGCCAGUAUUGUCCAUCUGUGUCUACGGAAAGCUGAUCAAAAGCUAGUGAUCCUGAAACAGAUCCCCGUGGAGCAGAUGACUAAAGAUGAGAGGCUAGCUGCUCAGAAUGAAUGCCAAGUACUUAAGCUCCUCAAUCAUCCAAAUAUAAUUGAGUACUAUGAAAACUUCCUGGAGGACAAAGCUCUGAUGAUUGCAAUGGAGUAUGCACCAGGAGGUACCCUGGCUGAAUACAUCCAGAAGCGUAACUCUUUGUUGGAUGAGGAAACCAUCAUGCUCUUCUUUGCACAGAUCCUUUUGGCCCUUCAUCAUGUGCACAAUAAACUUAUCCUGCACCGAGAUCUGAAAACACAAAAUAUCCUGCUUGAUAAAUACCAAAUGAUAGUGAAGAUUGGUGAUUUUGGUAUCUCGAAGAUCUUGAGCAGCAAAAGUAAAGCCUACACUGUGGUGGGAACACCAUGUUACAUCUCGCCAGAGCUGUGUGAAGGAAAGCCAUACAAUCAGAAGAGUGACAUCUGGGCACUGGGCUGCGUUUUAUAUGAACUGGCCAGUUUGAAAAGAGCCUUUGAAGCUGCUAACCUCCCAGCCCUUGUGCUGAAGAUUAUGAGUGGUACGUUUGCACCAAUAUCUGACCAAUACAGCCCUGAGCUGCGGCAGUUGAUUUUAAGUAUGUUAAGCCUUGAUCCUUCCAAGCGCCCCCAGCUCAAUGAGAUAAUGGCUCAGCCAAUUUGCAUCCGGGCUCUUCUGAAUCUUUACACCGACAUUGGCAGUGUCAAAAUGAGGAGAAUUGAAAAGCCAUUAUCAGCAGUAGCACCUGCUUCUGGCAGACGGACAGGUGGAAGGGUUAACAGUGCUCGUUCAAGAGGUGCAAUGCUAACAAACUCCAAUAAGACAGAAAUACCUCCUCCCCUUUCUAUUGUAUACACCUGGGGAAGUGGAAUUGCUUCUCCACUCCGGCUUCCAAUGCUCAAUACUGAAGUAGUACAGGUCUCUGCAGGGAGAACUCAAAAGGCAGGGGUGACCAGAUCAGGACGACUUAUCAUGUGGGAGGCUUUUCCUGGAGGUGCUGGAGAUACAUCCCUCCCAGGUUGCAUCGAUCAGGCCCAACCACAAUUUAUCUCUAGAUUUCUGGAAGGUCAGUCUGGAGUGGCAAUCAAACAUGUUUCUUGCGGAGACCUUUUUACAGUGUGUCUUACAGACAGAGGGAUAAUAAUGUCCUUUGGAAAUGGUAGCAAUGGCUGUCUGGGUCACGGUACUUUUAACGAUGUCACACAGCCAAAAAUUGUCGAGGCACUGCUUGGCUUUGAGAUUGCCCAAGUUUCAUGUGGUGCAUCACAUGUUUUGGCAGCAACCAAUGACCGAGAAGUAUUUUCAUGGGGACGAGGAGACAAUGGUCGGCUUGGCUUGGAAACUCAGGAGUCGCAUAAUUCCCCUCAGCAAGUGAACAUUCCAGCAGAGCAUGAAGCCCAGAAAGUUUUGUGUGGAAUUGAUUCUUCAAUGAUCCUUACAACACAGAAUCACAUUUUGGCCUGUGGAAGCAAUAGAUUUAAUAAGCUGGGUCUGGAUAAAAUAACUGCAGCUGAAGAUCCUCAUCCCUCCAAUCAAGUUGAAGAGGUUCACAUCUUCACUCCUGUGCAGUCAUAUCCCCUUAAUGAAGGAAAUAUUGUGCAUGCCGAUGUUGGGACCGCUCACUCUGCAGCUGUGACAGAAACUGGGGAAUGUUAUGCAUUUGGCAGUAACCAACAUGGACAACUGGGCACCAGCACCCGUCGCAAUAAUCGUUUGCCGUACUUGGUCUCUGAUCUGUGUGGGGUAAAGGUUACCAUGGUAGCUUGUGGAGAUGCUUUCACAGUAGCAAUUGGAGCAGAAGGUGAAGUGUAUACAUGGGGAAAGGGAGCCAGAGGACGUCUCGGAAGAAAAGAAGAUGACACUGGAAUACCCAAGCAAGUACAUUUGGAUGAAACAAACCCGUACUUUAUUACUUCUGUUGCAUGCUGUCAUGGAAACACAUUACUGGCAAUAAAACGUAACUUUGGGAGAGGAAUCCAUUCCAAGAUGACCUGAAACAUUUAAAUUAAAAGUACUGUCUUUUCUCUCAAAUGGAGGAUGCCUAAUACCGAAGAAGGCCAGAAAAGUGACCAGCCAGAAGAAAUGACGCAUUAGUCUUUCAGCAGUAUUGUGGAUAAUUUUGUGCAUAAAUAUUGCAGAAUGUCUAGUACUGUUGACAUUUGGGAAUAGACCUUAACAAAAAAUUCCCACAUCUUCACAUUCUGUUCUGAUUACGAAUUAUUGUAAUAUAAUUAAGCAUAAUUUCCUAAUACUUUGACUACGUCUUGCUGAAUGUUUCCUAAUGAGACAGUUAAGACUAUAAAUGCCUUUGGUUCUUGUAUUGUGCACUUUACCAAUGAUGCUCAUGUGUUUUCAAGUGUUAGAAAACAUUUCUGCAAAUUGGUCCUCUUAUAAAUCCCGUUAGCAUUAGCAUGGAAUCAAAAGGAAGUGCUAAAUGCAACCAGAUUUUUGGUGUUAGUCAUGCUAGGUAUUUAGUUUAGAAAUGAGCUUAGUGACAUGUAAUAUGGGACAAGUGAAAGUGGCUGUAAAUUAAAUCUUGUGCAGAUAUUUAUAAUGUGCUGCACUUUUAUUAAGACAUUUUCUAGGACUUAGUCCAACCUUUUAUUUUAAGGGGUAUGAAACUGAGUAGAAAUUUCAGUGGUUUUCAAAACUGCCACCAAAGUCACCGGUAAGUUACCUUGUUUAAAUGAUUCACAUCAGCUUCAUAGUUUCUGUCCAAAAAGUGUUCGAAUAGAAAAAUGGUUCUCACCAAUUGUAUUAAACACACAUGCCCACAGUUCAAUGUCUUGGACAAUUUAGAGGACAGAACUUAAUUGGAUUUAAGUGGUUACAAGUUUAAUCAAGGAGAUCAAAUCCCAAACUUACUGAGAGAAUGUUGCUUUUCUUUUUGCUGGGGGGUACAGCAAAACCAGACAGAGGACACCAUUGGUAUAGGUCAGGGGUCGGCAACCUUUACCACUGAAAGAGCCACUUGGACCCGUUUCCCACAGAAAAGAAAACACUGGGAGCUGCAAAACCCGUUUGACAUUUAAAAUGAAAUAACACUGCAUACAACGUUUUGUUUUGCCUUUAUGCUAUGUAUAAACAAACUAUAAUGUGUUGCAUUUAUGAAAUUGAUGAACUCCUGCAGAGAAAACGAAAUUACAUUUCUGCAUGCAACAAAAACAUUUUGAACUCCGAAAAAAAGACGUUGGGUUGAAGGUUACUUUUAAGUAAAAUACUCAUCGUCUAUUUGAGUCCUUCUUGUAUUUAUGAAAAACGCCAAACUUAAAUUUGCCGUCAGCAGCAAACGAAAAAUAACGUCAGCCAGCUGUCAACCUGAAAAGUAAAAGGACUAUUUCACUGAACAAUGAAAACAUAUGAAUAUACGUAAAAUAAUAGGCAAUUAAAAUAUUUAUCAUACUUGGUCAGGUUGACUCACAUCUGACAAUGCAGUCGUAUUCGGUAGGGAUGGAUCGAUGCUUAGGGGAGUGACCGGGAAGGAUAAUGUGUUUUUUUCCUCUCUGAACUCACAGAAGCGUUUCCCAAACGAUGUUUGCAUUGCGAUGAUUGCAGAAUGUAAAUACUCCGAAUUUAUCAUGUCGUGACCUUGUUUGAACUCUCUCAAAUUGGGGAAGUGAGACAAUGUGCCUUUCUGUAAAUCUCUGGCAAGCACUGUCAACUUGCGCUCGAAUGCCAAAACAUCCUCCAACAUGUGCAGUGCUGUACGUCCUUACCCCUGAAGAGCUGUGUUCAGCGUGAUCAGGUGCGCUGUCAUGUCUACCAUGAAGUGUAGCUUUUCCAGCCACUCUGGCUGUUCCAGCUCAGGAAAGGUGGGCCCUUUGCUGCCCAGGAAAGUUUUCACUUCUUCCAGACACGUGACAAAGCGUUUCAGCACCUCCCCUCUGGACAGCCAGUGAUAAAAACACGUUGUAGCGGUGUGCUACACGCAGUCAGUAAACUGCAGUCAAAGAUAGCUUUAUUCGAACUAAACAGCCUUGCUUUUAAGCCUCCCUCAACCCGCCCCCCAUGAUGCUGCAAAAGACACGUACUCACAAACCCCCGUAGGCUAUCUCCCUUAGCCUGAAUGCUGGCUAAUUGUGAGCCGGUUCGGAUGUGUCAGGAAAUGGGUCGCCACAACGUCUUAUUUAGAUUGUACAAGAUCACCAUAAUCUUCAAAUUUAGAAUUACAUUUCGAAAACUAACAAACUAACAUAAAAUACAUUUUAAUUAAAAUUAUUUCCCAAAGCAACAGGGAGCCGCAGCACAGAUGUAAAAGAGCCACAUGUGGCUCCAGAGCCGCGGGUUGCCGACCCCCGGUAUAGGUGCAUGUAGUGACAAUGUCAAUUUUCUCAUGUAUGAGCACAGACAGUGAAACUGUUAAGCCCUCUGCUAUUGGAAGAUAUUAAUACUUUAAGAGUCCUGAUGAAGGGUCUCAAUUCGAAACAUUAACUGUUGAUUCCCUCCAUAGAUGCUGCCUGACUUGCUGAAUUUCUGCAGCAUUCUGUGUAUGUGCUCAAGAAUUCCAGCAUCUGUAAAAUUUCUAGUCAUGUCUUAUCCACUGCCUGAUAUUAUGUAUUAUCAAUAAUGACUGGAAGCAUGAUUUUUGUCCACUUUUUAGCUUGCAUCAUCUAUGAUCCAUAGCCCAUAGAUCUGUACCAUGGGGGGGGGGGGGGAAUGCUUUACUGUACAGGCAACCCAGGUUCAAUUCCUGCCACUGCCAGCAAGAAUUUUGUAUGUUCUCCCCAUGACUGUGUGGGUUUCUUCUGGGUGCUCCAGUUUCCUCCCACUGUCCAAAGACAUACUGGUUUGUAAGCCGAUUGCUCAUUGUAUAUUGUCCCGUGAUUAGAUUAGAAUUAAAUCGAGAUUGCUGGAUGGCAUGGCUGGAAGGUCCAGAAGUGCCUAUUCUACGCUGUAUCUCAAUAAAUAAAAAAUAAAUAAAUAGCCCAUUAAAAUAUUGUCUUUAUUAAAUUAACCCUAGGAAAAUUGUGGAGUUUUGCUUUAAGGAUACAAUGUAAUCUGUAUUUGCUAAUGUGCCCUGGUGCCAAAUUAUCAGUGUGCACAACCUAUUUAGUCGCUUUGCACAGGUAGCAGAAUUAUUAUAAAUCAUCAUAUUUGCACCAUUUAGUGACUCAUAUCCCCAAUUAAAACUUAAUGCAUUGUAUCUGUAACAGAAGGUUCAGCCAGGUUACCACAUUCCAAAUCGUGAAUGUCAAUGUACUGUAGCACAAUUGCUUGUUAAAAUUCUAAUCUUGUUGUAUUUUUCACAAAAGGCCUUUAGUGUACAAGAACAUCAAUCUAUCUGAAGUCCAUUUUAAGAUGACAGGAAAUUACAUCUAGAAUAAUGGAUGCCCAUGAGUGAGUUACAAAACCAUAAUCCAAUCGUUAGAAGUGAUAAACAUCUCUGUACACUUAGCUGUAGAUUACUAUUUUCUAAUUCAGUCCCUGGUGUCUGCACUUUUUGCAUAAAAUACAUAUUGAGGAUGAAAUAUAAAGUGUUAAACGUUUCAUUGUGCUGUGCUUCUGUAAUCAAUACCCAUUUGCAGUUACAUUCAUAAUUCAUUUUGGAUUCUGUGACACUACAUGGUGAGUCUGCUAAGGAAGGUAUACGUAACCAUUUCAAUGCUGGGAGGUAGCUCUUGGAUGCUAGAAUCCCAGUCAAGACUUACAGAUUGCUUUCAUGUGGGACUAUUCUUUUGCUGUGAUGUAACGCAGUUUAUGUGAAGUUAUAAAUUGUAGCUGAAAGCAAAACAAUUCAGAGCACACCAGCAUAGAAAUUGGGCAAACAUGAGAAAAUCUGCAGAUGCUAGAAAUCUAAGCAACUCACUCAAAAACUGGAGGAAGUCAGCAGGCUAGGCAGCAUCUAUGGAAAAGGGUAAGUAGUCAACAUUUCGGACCAAGACCCUUCAUCAGGAUGAAUGUCCUAAUGAAGGGUCUCUGUAGGAAAUGACGACUGUUUACUCUUUUCCAUAGAUGCUGCCUGGCCUGUUGAGCUCCUCCAGCAUCUUGAGUGUGUUGCUUAGAAAUUGGGCAACUCUGAUGUCUUCUCUCAAUGGAAUCUCCUAUGUAAUUGAAAAUAUUGACAAAUUCUACAUAAACUGCUAGUGAAGAUAUUAUUUACAUUGUAGGGAAUUGGCUGGUCUCCUGAAAUUCAAGGCUGUAUUGUGACAUGAAGCAUAUUCCUCUGACUCAUUUCAUCCUCGCAAAAUUCAAUGUUUUUAUUUCUCAGUAAGAAGGAGUACAGGAUGUUGAUGUAAGUUCAAUAAGAAUUUCUGUGCAAAACCAAUGAAAAAUUCAUGUCCAGGUUUCUAUUUGGCCUUUGGUGCAUGCACAUUGUUGCUUUGUGGGGACAAUUCUCACUUGCCCAAGUUGAGAUAGCUUAGGCAUAGUUGGGCAACUUGAAGACUCCAUAGCAGUGGCGUUCCUAAAGCCUUGCUGCAUCCUGACACAGACCACUGAUGCCACAAGUUGGAUGUGGUGGACUGACCAGGAAAAUACAGUGCCAAAAAAAGUAUUCACUCCCCCCCCCCCCACCCACCACCACCUUGGAAAUUUUCGUGUUUGAUUGUUUUACAACUUUGAAUCACAGUGGAUUUAAUUUGGCUUUUUUGACACUGAUCAACAGAAAAAGACUCUUUCGUGUCAAAGUGAAAACGGACCUCUAGAAAGUGAUCCAAAUUAAUUACAAAUAUAAAACACAAAAUAAUUGAUUGUAUAAGAAUUCACCCACCUUUAAUAUGACACACCAAAUCAUCACUGGUGCACCCAAUUGGUUUUAGAAGUCACAUAAUUAGUUAAAUGGAGUUACGUUUUAGGAGACCUGAGUGUAGACAGGGUGUUUCAAUCAAUUGUCGUAAAAAUACAAUUGUAUCUAGAAGGUUCAACUUGUGGUGAAUCAGUAUCCUGGCAAAAACUACACCAUGAAGACGACAGAACACGCCAAGCUACUCCACAAAAAGAUUAUUGAAAAGCACAGGUCAGGAGAUGGACACAAGAAAAUUUUCAAGUCACUGAAUAUCCCUUGGAGUACAGUUAAGUCAAUCUUCAAGAAGUGGAAAGAAUGUGGCACAGCUGUAAAUCUGCCUAGAGCAGGCCACCCUCAAAAACUGAGUGACUGUGCAAGAAGGAUACUAGUGAGGGAGGCCACCAAGAGACCUAUGACAGCUCUGCAGGAGUUACAAGCUUCAGUGGCUGAGAUGGGAGAGACUACACAUAGAACAACUGUUGCCUGGGUGCUUCACCAGUUGCAGCUUUAUGGGAGAGUGGCAAAGAGAAAGCCACUGUUGAAAAAUCUCAGCUAGUGUUUGCCAGAAGGCAUGUAGUAGACGCUGAGGUCAGCUGGAAGGAGGUUCUGUCGUCUGAUGAAACCAAAGUUGAGCUUUUUGGCCAUUAGACUAAAUGCUAUGUUUGGCAUAAGCAUCAAAAAACACACCAUCCCUUCCAUAAAGCAUGGUGGUGGCUGCAUCAUGCUGUGGGGAUGCUUCACUGCAACAAGCCCGGAAGGUCUGUGAAGGUAGAGGAUAAAAUGAAUGCAGCAAAAUACAGGGCAAUCCUGGAUUAAAAUGUGAUGCAGUCUGCAAGAGAACGACCCCAAGUUUUUUCAGCAAGACAAUAUCCCCAAGUAUAAAGCCAAAGCUACACAGGAAUGGCUUAAAACAACAAUGGUUAUGUCCUGGAGAGGCCAAGUCAGAGUCCAGACCUCAAUCGAAAUGAGAAUUUGUGGUUAGACUUGAGAAAGAGCUGUUCACUCACAAUCCCCAUGCAAUCUGACAGCUUGAGCAAUUUUGUAAAGAAGGAUGGGUAAAAAUUGCAGUGUCCAGAUGUGCAAAGCUGAUAGAGACCUAUCCACACAGACUCAAGGCUGUAAUUGCUAUCAAAGGUGUAUCUAUUAAAUACUGACUUGAAGGAGGUGAAUACUUAUGCAAUCAAUUAUUUCGUGUUUUAUACUAGUAAUUAAGUUAGAUAAAACGAACGAGUCUUCUUCUGUUGAUCAAUAUCAAAAUGCCAAAUUAAAUCCAUUGUGAUUCAAUGUUGUGAAACAAUAAAACAUGAAAACUUCCAAGGGGGGGAGGGUGCAUGCAUUUUAUAGACACUGUAAUUAGCAAAAAUACUGCUAAUUUUGAUGUACUGAACGAUAAUUAUCCAGGUUGUAGGCAGAAGAAUACAUGCUGAAGAAUAAUUUAGCAAGCAGCUCACUAUGAUGUUUCUAUUAGAGUAGGAUUCCCCAAAUUGCUUUCCAAUAUGACAUGAUUUAAGUAUUUAAAAUUUAACAACAUUCCAAAAACAAACAGAAAAAUCAACAUUAUAACUAAUAAUAAAUUAUUAAACAUAAAGAACUGCAUAUAACUUUAAUGAAAAUUUUGUUUGAUCUGAAUAGUUAAUUAUGCUCACCUCUUUCUUGUUGCCUGGCAGAUCGCGUCAGGAUGAUGCUGCCUUCUCUUCCAAGCCUCAGGAUUAAUAGAGACUGUGAACAGUAGUCUGCAGCAUAGAGCCUGUGGUGCAGGGGUGGGGGUGUGAAUGUAGUGUAUCCAACAAUGGCUGGCUAGACAAGAGGCACUGAUAUCUGAAGCAGAUGAGGCCUAUGGUGUUAAUUUACUUAGAGAUACAGCGCAGAGCAACCCCUUCUGGCCCAGCAACUAUUUAACCUUAAAACCCAUACUUCCUUGGACUGUGAGAGGAAACUGGAACAUGCAGAGGGAACAUACACUCUCACACUCACUCUGCCGAAAUUGAACUCUGAACUCCAAUGCACCAAACUGUAAGAGCAUUGUGCUAACCGCAAUGCUAUGCUACCAUGGCACCUACAAAUUUGUUAAAUAACAUGUAUUUUUCCUCUGUUAUGGACGAUUAUUGUGUUAAAAAACAACAUGCAAUUUGUUGUGAUUGACCAAAAUUGAUCCUCAUGGAAGCUGUAACUAGAAAAUAUAAAAGUUUUUAUUGACAGCAAUGCUCCAGGAGAACCCAAGUGCAUUUCACUGUCUUGACAUGAUGUUUUAUAUUUGUUUAACACAAAGAUAAUAAUAAAUGAUUAACUCAGU